UCUGCGAACACAGGAGGAGGUACGCAGUGAAUAAAGGGAUACGCUGAACGUGUGCUAUUCGACUCAAAUCUGUUUGAUCAAAACCGGGAAGUGUGGAUGUCGUGGUACCGAAGGACGCGCUGGCGGUGCCAGGCAACCUGCCUGCCUUUCAAAACGGACGUUUCGGACUUUUAAACUCAACUCAUUCAUUGCGGUAGGCUUCUGUUGUUCUGCAUUAAGCGGCGCGGAUAAGCAGAAUGCAUGAAAUGCUGCUGCCGCUGCCCUACUCUGGCCGUCUUGGUGCGAUGGAAAACUCCUACGUUUUUUCGUCUCAACAUGGUUUCGUUACCAUUACUUUCGCUGAUGUUGACUUUGUGACGACCGUGGUGGAGAGCACGCGACUCAGUGUGGCAAGGGAACAGACCACCAUGCUGCCAGGAUAAUAGAUGAUUUCCCUCAAUGAAAAGGAGGAGGUGGGGUCUUGCUGCGAAACCAUGGCUGAAACAGAGAACAAUCUGAAAACAGCCAGGUUGUGGAGGGAUGCAGCCCUGCGCUCAAGGAAGCUGAGAAGCAACCUGCGCCAGCUCACCCUCAGCACCAAAAACAGCCAGAAGAUCACACUGCCCGAGAACAUCAACGAGAUUGAGGUUCUCAAUCUGGGCAACAAUUCCCUUCAGGAGCUGCCAGAGGGGCUGGGCGCCGCCCUCACUAACCUGCGAGUCCUCGUCCUCCGCAGGAACAAGUUUACCACCGUUUCGCCAGCUGUGUUCGAACUGGGCCAGCUGGUUGAACUGGACCUCAGCCACAACUGCCUGAGCUACUUCUCUGAGGACAUAGGCCUUCUGAAGGGACUGAAGAAGCUCUGCCUCAGUCACAACAAGAUGCAGUACCUUCCCUCACAGAUCGGCACACUGCAGUGCUUGGAGGAGCUGGACGUCAGCUUCAACGAGCUGCGAGACUUCCCCAGGUCCUUCUCUCAGCUCAGGAAGCUCCGCACAUUAGACGUGGACCACAACAAGCUGGACUACUUCCCCCCAGAGAUACUGGCACUCAGUGACCUUGAGGAGCUGGAUUGCUCUGGGAAUAAAUUUGAGGGUCUGCCGAAUGACAUCAUGAAGCUGCAGUCCAUCAAGAUAUUCUGGCUGAGUGGCACGCUCAUCUCUUCCCUGCCUGACACUUUCUGCAACCUGAGCAAUCUGGAGAGCCUGAUGUUGGAUAGCAACCUCCUGACGGCUCUACCACAGUCAUUCGGCAAAAUGCAGAAGCUGAAGAUGCUCAACCUCUCCUCGAAUGCCUUUGAGGAAUUCCCCCUUGUUAUCCUUCAGAUCACGGGCCUAGAGGAGCUGUAUUUAAGCAGAAAUAAAUUGACAUUGGUCCCCGAACAGAUAGGCCAGCUGUUUAAGCUUGCCAAUUUGUGGUUGGACAAUAACAAAAUCACAUAUCUGCCUGAUUCUAUCGUAGAAUUGGGGAAACUGGAGGAGCUUGUUUUACAGGGUAACCAAAUUGCGAUACUUCCAGACAACUUUGGAAAGCUCUCCAGGGUAAACAUUUGGAAAGUUAAGGACAACCCUCUCAUACAGCCUCCCUAUGAGGUCUGCAUGAAAGGCAUCCCCUAUAUAGCAGCCUAUCAGAAAGAGCUCGCGCAUUCGCAACCAGCUGUGAAGCCAAGGCUAAAACUAGUGCUGAUGGGGCUGAAAAAUGCAGGAAAAACUCAGCUGAGGCAAUGUGUCAUUAGCAAACCACAGGAUUCCCAGGUUGCCCCUGGAAACAAAGGGAUUGAUGUGACAAACUGGGUAGCAGAUGCUGAUCGGAGUCUUACAUUUAUUGUGUAUGAUUUGUCUGGGAGGCAGAACUACGACCUGAUCAAACCCUUUUUCCUUUCCCCUGGUGCUCUGUACAUUCUGGUGGUGAACUUAAAAACGUACACGUCCAGGAGCUUUUACACGCACGUGGGGUAUUUCCUCCACCUCCUCGGUGCCAAGGUGCCCCACGCGGUGGUGUGCAUUGUGGGGACACAUACUGAUCUUUGUGAGGAGGUGGAGGUGGAGGAGAAGUGCCUGGACAUCCACCGACAGAUCGCACUGCAGGAGAGGAGGGACACUGAGUCCCUGCAGGCCGUUGUGCGGCAGGUGGACGAUGCUCUAGCACAGGGCUAUGAUGUCAGAACCAGCAGUCCCCAUGUCCUCUUCUAUGGUGUUUCAGACAAGAACCUGCGGCGGAAGAAGGCCCAGCUGCAGUAUCUGCUCAACCACCGGCUGCAGAUCCUGUCGCCAGUGCUCUGUGUCAGCUGUGUGGGAGCUCAGAGGAACAUUCAGAGACUGAAGGAGAAGCUCAUGUCAGUGGCAGACCACCGGGAGAUUUUCCCCAACCUGCACCGCGUGCUGCCCAAGUCUUGGCAGAUGCUGGAGGAGCUGCACUUUAAGCCACAGGAGCUGUGGCUAUCCUGGUGGGAUUCGGCCCGCUUGGGCCUCCAGGCGGGACUGACGGAAGACCGCCUGCAGAGUGCCCUGUCCUACCUGCACGAGAGCGGCAAGCUGCUGUACUUUGAGGACAGCCUGACGCUCAAGGAGUAUGUCUUCCACAAUCUACCGCGCUUCAUCGCUAUCCUCAACGUCUUCUUCCAGAGGGACUCAUCCACGUUGCUGGAGAAGUUGCAGGCUGAGGGGGAGGGCAAGGACCAGGUGAGGGCCUCCCAGCUGGAGCACCAUGUGGAGGGCUUCCUGCUGCAUGGUCUGCUGCCCUCUCACAUCAUCCGCCUCCUCCUUAAGCCGCUGAUCCAGACCCAGCAGGACCUGCACCUCAUUCUGGAGCUGCUGGAGAAAAUGGGCAUCUGCUACUGCAUUAACAAACCCAGGAGCAAGCCCCUCAAUGGUGCCACGGUCUGGUACAAGUUCCCCAGCUACGUCAGCAACGAGGAGCCCCACGCCGAGGCCUGGGUGAACGGGGGCUCGGCCCUCACUGGUCAGCUCUUCUGUGUGGAGCAGCUGCAGAUUGAGUACAGCUUCCCCUUUCUCUUUCCCCCGGGCCUGUUUGCACGCUACAGUGUGCAGAUAAACAGCCACGUGGUGCAACGUGCGGAUGGCAAGCACCAGAUCUUUGCUUACCGGGGUAAAGUGCCUGUGGUUGUCAGCUACCGGCCAUCCCGGAGCAGGCUACAGGCCGAGACCCUGUCCAUUGCCAGCCAUGCCUCUUUGCCAAAUAUCUGGACCGCUUGGCAAGCCAUAACCCCCCUAGUGGAAGAGCUGAAUGUCCUUCUGCAGGAAUGGCCAGGGCUCAACUACUCUGUGCAUGUUCUGUGCUCCAAGUGCCUGAAGAGAGGGUCACCCAGCCCACACACCUUUCCAGGUGAGCUUCUCAGCCAGCCCCGCCCUGAGGGAAUGACCGAGAUCAUCUGCCCAAAGAACGGCUCGGAGCGGGUCAACGUGGCCCUGGUCUACCCCCCCACACCCACUGUGGUCAGCCCCUGCCUGAAAUGAGCCCCACCCCGGCCCCACCCUCACCCCUGGCCUGUCCCCCAAGAUUGUCCCAAGCUGCUGCCUCUCCGCUUCUGCUGCUCCCCCCCGGUGUGUGCCACUUGUCCCCCACUAUCCACCAAACCCCGUCAGACCGGGCUCUGAAAUUCUGAUUGGACGGGUAAACUAGCUCAGCUGGUCUUUGGAUGCCUGUCCACCACGAAAAUGACAGUUUUAAAAAACUCUCAGACUUGGAAGCAGGCAGUCCACCGCCCUGGUGGGAAGCUGGUCCUGAAGCUCCAUGGACACACCACGCUAUUACCUUCUCCACAGUCGCUGGUCCUCAUCGACAUGCAGGAGGCCAUACGUCCCUCUGCUUCCAGUCUCUGCAUGAUGUCAUUGUGACAUCACUUCAUCUUCAACACCGCCUAGACGGAUCUAGAAUUGAAGAACAUAAGAAUUGAGCCGGUCUGGUAGUGCUUUUCCAGUCCAGCGACCUGACUGGGAGAACGUUUAAAGGGUCGGAUGGGGGUCAUCUUUCAUUGCCCACAAUGCCGCUGGGUCUGUCCAAAUGAAAGACAGUGGCCAGGUGCAGGGAGGAGAUGGGAGGGGCAUGCUCCCAGGACAAGGAUUGUAAAAGGAAUUAAACCG